AUGUCCAGCCCCGACCCUUUAGAGCUACUGCUCAAGUCCAUAGCCGCCUCCGAGCCGAUCGUCCUGCUCACGGCCGCGUCCGAGCCGACCCAAUCCCUCCCGUCCGCAACUUACAUCUCCUUCCUCGACCCGUCCGCCCCCGACUCCCCCAUCCUCAUCGCGAAGGACGCGCCGACGCGGUAUACUUCGCGCUCAGACUCGCGGACAGACCUCUAUACGGUCGGGCAAUUAUGGCUCGCCUGGACGGAACGAGAGACGGGGGUGAGGGAGUACCUCAUGAAAGGGCAGGAGGCUGGCGGAGGGGGAUAUGUCGGUAUUGCGGACAGGAGGGCGGUGAUUGAUUAUCUGGAGGGGAAGUCAGAGGGCGGAGGGAGAGUAGUGAGCAAGAGGGAAGCAAAUGUAUCGGACGGUCUGACCGGCGCUGCGGCUGCUACUGCCGAGUCAGGGGAGGCGGGGCCAUCAAAGACUCAGCCGGCGAAGCGGAAGUAUGAGGUGGACGUUGAAGAUCGGGAGUUCUGCAAGAAGCUGCGAGCACAGGAGAUCGAGUUGAGAGAUAGGAACAGUAUAUUGAGAAGUAGCAAUGGCGGCAAGAUCAAUGACUUUACUCCUUUCCUGAAAACGGUCAUGAGCGAGAAGAUCCGCGCUCUGAGACAAUCCAUGUCAAGCGGGGGCGAUAGAUCAGCACAGCAGCCUGUCCAAGUAGCAUAUGGUAUGUCAAGCUGGACGCCUCGGCUUCGCAUCGACAAGGCCAAAUCCUCCCAUCCCAUCAUCGUCAUCUCCUCAUCGCCCACCGCCCUCAUCACCAUGUGGAAUGUGCGGAAAUUCCUGGAACAGGGGGUUUUCGAGCCGUCAGAAACGGCCCGUCAAGCCGAAGCCGAAAAGAAAAACUUCAAGGCGGAGGAUAUGAUACCUAUCAUACGGAAACGGACUGGACCUAGCGGCGAUAUAUCGCAGAAGUACUAUAUUGUCGAUGGUGUCGAGGCGUUGCAGAAGUUCGGACAGGAUGCCUGGGACCGAGUUGUAUGCGUUGUAACGACCGGCCAAGCGUGGCAGUUCAAGAUGUAUAAAUGGCAAGAUCCAAAAACGCUUUUUCGGCAUGUAAAAGGAUUCUACUUCCAGUGGAACAAUGAACAGUCCAACCCGGCCGUCAAGGACUGGAAUAUUACCGAGAUGAGGAUAGAUCGCCUGAAGCGGCAUACGGACCGGCAAGUGGUCGCGGACUUCUGGCGGACGCUGGACGGGGCAAAGAGGCGAUGA